AUGCCGCCUCCCCAGAAGAAGAAGAAGCAAAAGACGCCAGUGGUACUGGACCCGUUGGAGAUAGAGGAAAAGCACGUGCGCGGAUGGGGCAACGGCGGGCAGAAGCUCAACAAAACCAGCUCCUGCGUGCAGCUCCUUCACCGGCCCACCAACACCACGGUUAUCUGUCAGGACACACGCUAUUUGCAGCAGAACCGCAAGAUCGCGUACAAGCGACUGCACGACAAGCUCGAUCUUUUAAUCAACGGCGAAAUGAGCAAGAUCGCCAGAAAGGUCGACAAGCUCAAGCAGCGCAAGCACAAGCAGCGUCAGCGCGCACGCAAAAAGUACGCCCAGGCAGAGGAGACCACAGGGGAUCAGAUCUAG